CUUCUCUCUCGUUCUUUCUUCUCUCUGUGUAUCAGGACAAUGGAACAAACAGCGUUGAAGAGCAGCAUCAGGAAAGAGAUGGCUUUCAAAGCGACUCCUCCGGUUUACGAAGAGUUUCUUGCCGUCACCACCGCUCAGAAUGGCUUUUCCGCCGACGAUUUCUCUGUCGACGACUUGCUUGACUUGUCUAACGGUGACGUUUUCGCCGAAGAAGAUACUGACCCCAAGGCUCAACAAGAUAUGGUCCGUGUUUCCUCCGAGGAACCGAACGACGACGGAGACGCUUUUCGCCGGAGCAGCGAUUUCUCCGGCUGUGACGACUUUGGUUCUCUCCCUACAAGCGAACUCUCUGUUCCGGCGGAUGAUUUAGCGAACCUUGAGUGGCUCUCUCAUUUCGUGGAUGACUCCUUCACGGAAUAUUCGGGUCCAAACCUCACCGGAACCCCCACUGAGAAACCGGCGUGGUUAACGGGUGACCGGAAACACCCUGUGACUCCGGUCACGGAAGAGUCCUGUUUCAAAUCCCCUGUUCCGGCUAAAGCCCGUAGCAAACGUAACCGUAAUGGAGUUAAGGUCUGGUCGCUUGGUUCGUCGUCCUCUUCAGGUCCUUCCUCGUCCGGUUCGACCUCCUCCUCCUCUUCGCGUCCUUCCAGCCCGUGGUUCUCCGGCGCUGAGCUGCUCGAGCCAGUGGUCACGUCAGAGAGGCCACCGUUUCUCAAGAAGCAUAAGAAAAGGUCGGCCGAGUCUGUUUUCUGCGGUGAGCUGCAGCAGCUGCAACCUCAGCGAAGGUGCAGCCACUGCGGCGUUCAGAAAACUCCGCAGUGGAGAGCCGGGCCAAUGGGAGCCAAGACCUUGUGCAAUGCGUGCGGUGUCCGGUACAAGUCGGGUCGGUUGCUACCGGAAUACAGACCCGCUUGUAGUCCGACAUUCUCGAGUGAGCUCCACUCGAACCACCACCGGAAAGUCAUGGAGAUGAGGCGGAAGAAGGAGCCAACCAGUGACAACGAAACCGGUUUAAACCAGAUGGUUCAGUCCCCACAAGCUGUACCAAGUUUUUGAAGAAAUAGGGCCUUAAUUAGAGCAGAGAUUUAGGAUCCGAGCCGGUUCAGUUGUUAGCCCCAAGUUAGUUUCUCAUUGACUUGUUUCUUGUAUAUUACUUUCAUUAUUUUUAGCAUUUACUUCUUUUUUUUCGUCACCGUAGUUUGAUUUUUCAUGCUAGGAGUGUCCGUAAGUUCUUAGUAACUGAUUAGGUCAAAAAACUCGUUUGUAUUGUACUCUUUCGCGUUAAUUUUUGCAGUUUAAAAUUUUCUCGUUUCGAAGUUUUGCGUUAUAGCAUAAAGUUUGUUUACAUAG